AUUAUAAGUCAAUAUGAUUGCCAUCCGAGCAGAGGCGCCGCGCUUUGGCACGGCGACCCGAUGUGGAAGAACCCCAGCCUCGCUGGCCGGACUCUGUGCGAUGCAGCACGCUGCCCGGGCGGGUCACGCUGCUACGUCCGCCCGCAGCGUGCGGCGAGGCUCGCCUACCUUGCCCGCCAGUGGCCGGCGGGUGCUCCAACCGCACCCCGUGGCUGCGCUGCCCGACCAGGUGCCGGAGCGACGGCAGGGCGACCGGCCUGCGAUUGGCGAAGGUGGCAGUUCCGGAACCGGCAGCACUUCCCAGCAGCAGCUGAGUGAGGCCGUGUCAGCGGGCGUUAGCGCCGCACUGGCAGUAAGGUCCAGUCAAGCCGGCCGGAACAGCGGCGGCAGCAGUGCGACUGGAAGUGGCGCGAACGCGGGCGAGGGCAAUGAGCUGGCCGCGGCGGCGGCGGCAGCAGCGACUGCAGCCAUCACGAUGCUGGGAAGCAACGGCAGCAGUAGCGGCUUGGUAGCCACACGCGGUGACCCCGCGCCACGUGUGGCGCUGCGGACGAUGGUGGCCCCCGACGACGACGAGGAGCGCAGGCAGCGCGAGCGGGUGACGCUGGUGCGGGACCUUGCGCACUUCCUGGGGCAAGCUGGGCUGUACAUCCUGGCCGCCGUGGCGCUGGGGUUUAGCCUCACCGUGGCUGCACUGGCCUUGGCGCUGGGGCUCAGCCUUGCGGCCACGGUGCUAACGGUGGCUCUGGGUAUCGCCCUGCCGGUGUUUGUGGUGUACAAGGUGCUACGGUAACUGGUGGGCGGACCCACUGGUGAUAAUGGGUGCCGUUGAGAGGGCAGGCCCCAACCCAGCUGGCGCGCAAGGCCAUUGCUGUCAAAGUAUUGCUGCAUUGCACGAAGAUGUAUUUACGAGAUGAUAAUGGGUGCCGUUGAGUAUUGCUGCAUUGCACGAAGAUGGGUGCCGAGAGUAUUGCUGCAUUGCACGAAGAUGGGUGCCGAGAGUAUUGCUGCAUUGCACGAAGAUGUAUUUACGAGGUGAGAAUGGGUGCCGUUGAGAGGGCAGGCCCCAACCCUGCGGCGCGCAAGGCCAUUGCUGUCAAAGUAUUGCUGCAUUGCACGAAGAUGUAUUUACGAG